AUGGCGCCAGCCAGGACGAGGAGGACGCGUCACUCCACCGAUAAUUCUCUCAAUAUCCUCAACAGGAUCAAUACGCGCUCUAUGGGCACCAGGCGGAGUACAGAUGUCUACACUAUCCCCGUAAGCCCAGAGCGACGGCAAAGACCUCGGAAGAGCGAGCCUGCUUCAGCAACAAUCACCGACGCCACCGAAGCCACAGAACUACAACCCACGGAGGCCGAGCUGCGUCUUAGCCAGCAACAUACCGAGAACGACGACGAAUACUUCGAGGCGCAGGAGAAUGGAGCUUCCGACCAGAAGGAAAGCAAUGAAAAUGUUGUGGAGGCUAUAGAUGCGUCGGAGCUACCCUCUGUAGCUGAGGAAACUCCAGACGAGCAAGUGAACGGGGUGUCUAACAGGAAAAUCAUGGAAGAUGAUGAGAUGGACUCCAGCUCAGAGGCUGAGGAACCCCCGGUUCGAGCACCUGCGCAGUCGGCUCCACCGUCUGCUCAAUCGGGAACUCCGCGACAAAGCGUCGACGUUGUUGUCCCUCGGUCGACCCGUAGCACCCGCCAACAAACGUCCUUCCAGGAAGAUAGGGGAAACGCCGAAACCGACUGGCGUGACGAACUGGGUCUCCGUGAUCCCUCAAGCAGCGAGAGCGACGAGGACGAACCCACUCAAGUUUCUGCAGACGACCCUCUUUUCAGCCAAACAGGCGAGGGUGCAAUAUCUUACGUGGCUCGUGCUGAACGGUCGUUGAGUUAUAGAACUCGCUCUGGGCGGCGUGUUCAUGUUCCCGAAUCGCAACAGGUAAUUCAAGCACCCAAUGACGGAGAAGAGAGCGGUGCGGGCCUUGACAACGACGAUGAUAAUGAUGCAAACCUGGACGAAUGGCUGAGAGAGGUUGUUGAAGGGACUCCAUUGGUACGACCAUGGAACAUCGUGCUCGCGACAAGAGAAGACCUGCGUUUACAUCGCCCCAGGAACCAGCUUCAAGCGCUAAAGGAUUGUCUGAAACUGGUCUCCGAGUUACGCAAGGAUUACGACAAACCGAGUCACGGUGCUGAGGGCCUCAAUUUGCAGUCUUGCCACAACCUGAGGGAAGCCCUCAAAGCCAUCAGGGUUCGGCUCUUCGACAAAGCCUCCUUCGGGCCCCAAAGCAAUCGUGGCAGUCGUGUGAUAAACCAGUUCGAAGCCGUUGUGGUGCCCAGCAUGAUCAAUCUAGUGCUGGCCUGCUUCAAGGCUUACCACAAUAUCGGCCUGCCUGCCUACCGCGAGCUCUGCAGUAUUCUGGAACUUCUCCAAGAAACCUGCGAUCAGAUUUCCAGCCGGCGCAGUGGGGGGCACCCUCCUGGCCUCCGCGCUCGAUCCAACAAAAUUCGCCGACCCUUGAAGCGCAUCCAUGAUGCGGUUCUAGAUCGGGAUAGCAGCAUCGAGCCCAAGACACCCAUGGAUAGACAAGGUGUCAUAGACGUUGAUGAUACCGACGACGUCGAUGACUGGGAUGCGGUUCUCCGGUCACAGGAACCCUGGACUUUUCGGGAACUCAAUCACCUUUUUGACGGGUUCCGACAAUUCUCUGCCCAAGGCUUCUCAGGUCUUGAACUUUGCAUCCAGGUCCUGCGCCAUAGGGGACAUCUUCUUCCUGGGCGGACUCUGACCGACCUUGUGGCGAAGGCUCAGGAAGUCCGGCACAAAUGCGAAAGACACCGACGCGCAGAGGGAUGGAUCGCCAGCCUGUAA